GUCCACACCUCCGGCCAACCGGCGGCAUCCACCGAAUGGAUCGUCUGCUUGGACAAGAGGCCUGCAGAGCGGUCAGGGGAGGAUGUGGACAUCAUUCUCGCUCGGCUCAAAGGAGUGAAGGCGUUCGAGAGGUUCCACCCCAACCUGCUGCAGCAGAUAUGCCUCUGUGGCUUCUAUGAGUGCCUGGAGAAAGGCAUCACCUUGUAUCGUCAGGGUGACAUUGGUACCAGCUGGUAUGCUGUGUUGUCAGGCUCACUGGACGUGAAGGUGUCAGAGACGGCCAACCAUCAGGACGCGGUGACAAUCUGCACAAUGGGGAUGGGGACGGCGUUUGGAGAGUCCAUUCUGGACAACACACCCCGCCACGCCACCAUUGUCAGCCGGGAGAACAGCGAGCUACUGCGCAUCGAGCAGAGGGAGUUCAAGACACUCUGGGAGAAAUAUCGCCACUGCAUGGCAGCGCUGCUAGCUCCUCCAUAUGGUGUAAUGGACAGUGGAGCCAACACUGACAGAAUGCCAGAUAAGGACAACCUGAACAACGACCCUCUGAACUUCCUGACUAAAAACCUGAAUAAGGUGCCCUCGGAGAAAAUGUUGCGGGCGGGUAAGGUGUCUCGGAACGCCAUCCUGGCCAGAGCCCCCAACAUGAUCAGAGACAGGAAGUACCACCUCAAGACCUACAGGCAGUGCUGUGUGGGGACAGAGCUGGUGGACUGGAUGCUGCAGCAGAGUGCGUGUGUGCACAGCCGAGCGCAUGCUGUGGGCAUGUGGCAGUCCCUGCUGGAGGAGGGGGUACUCAACCAUGUGGACCAGGAGCUUAGCUUCCAGGACAAGUACCUGUUCUACCGUUUCCUUGACGAUGAGGAUGAGGAUGCAGUGUUGCCGAGCGACGAAGAGAAGCGCGAGGCUGAGGAAGAGCUGCAGGAGACCCUCCUCUUCCUCUCCCAGAUCGGGCCUGAUGCACACCUGCGCAUGAUCCUCCGCAAGCCGCCUGGACAGAGGACUGGGGAGGACCUGGAGAUCAUUUAUGACGAGCUGCUUCACAUCAAAGCCCUGUCUCACCUGUCCAACACCGUGAAGAGAGAGCUGGCAGGCGUCAUCAUCUUCGAGUCCCAUGCCAAAGCUGGCACAGUAUUGUUCAACCAAGGAGAGGAGGGCACCUCCUGGUACAUCAUUCAGAAGGGCUCGGUCAACGUGGUCAUCUAUGGAAAGGGUGUUGUGUGUACGCUGCAUGAGGGCGAUGACUUUGGGAAGCUGGCGUUGGUGAAUGACGCUCCAAGAGCCGCCUCCAUCGUGCUCCGCGAGGACAACUGCCACUUCCUCCGCGUGGACAAGGAGGACUUCAACCGCAUCCUUAGAGAUGUAGAGGCUAACACAGUGCGUCUGAAGGAGCAUGAUGUGGAUGUUCUGGUCCUGCAGAAGAGUCUUCGGUCCUCUGGCCAUGCAAACGUCCCCGCCCACUUCAAGUACACAGUGAUGUCAGGAACAGCUGAGAAGAUUCUAGAACAUCUACUGGAGACCAUGCGACUUGAUGUGCACUACACAGACCCAGCCCUGGACGACUUUGUGCUCAUGCAUGGCAUCUUCAUGCCCAUCAGCCAGCUAUGCCCAGCUCUCAUCGCCCACUAUCACUCCCAGUCGUCGCAGGGCUCUGAGCAGGAGCGUGUGGACUACGCGGUGGGCAGCAAGAGGAGAGUGCUGAGCCUGGCACUGCGCUGGACCAACAUGCUGGCACACAACCUGCUGGAGGAAGACACCGCACUCAGCUUCCUGGAGGAGCUGUUUGGGUUCGUUGCAAAUGACGCUCGGGUUCUCCGGCCCCUGAAAGACCUCCACGGUGACCUGGAGAAGAUCGUCAAGAGCUAUACGGAUGACGCCAGGUCUGCCCAGAAGAAGCAUAAAGUCCUUUUGCGCCAAUUCAGCUCUGGAGAAGAGAGGUUGUCAAAACGACAGCCAAUCAGAUGCUUCGAUGACAUCCUGUUAAAGGUGUACUGCAGUGACCACACCUACACCACUAUCCGUGUGCCUGUGCUGGCGUCGGGCCGGGAGGUGACCAUCGCUGUGGCCGACAAGCUCGGAUCCACAGAGGACCUGCUCCUCAUCAGCCUCAGCUCCACAGGAGAGAAGCAGAUUCUGAAGCCCAGUGAGGUGUCAGUGUUCCAGGCCCUGGGCGUCAACGGCCGUCUGUUCGUCUGUCCACGAGACCAGCUGGAUGCUUUGGCUCCUCUGCCGGAGCAGGAGGGCCCCUCGUCUGGCUCCAUGUCCAGCUUUGAGCUGAUGAGCUCGAAGGACCUGGCCUUCCAGAUGACCCUCUACGACUGGGAGCUCUUCAGCUGCGUGCACGAGCAUGAGUUUGUGUACCACACGUUCGGGCGGCAGGCGUACCGGCGGAGCACGGCCAACCUGGACCUGUUCCUGCGGCGCUUCAACCAGCUGCAGUUCUGGGUGGUCACGGAGGUGUGUCUGUGCAGCCAGCUCAGCAAGCGUGUGCAGCUGCUCAAGAAGUUCAUCAAGAUCGCUGCGCAUUGCAGGGAGUUCCGGAACCUCAACUCCUUCUUUGCCAUCAUCAUGGGCAUGAGCAACCCAGCAGUGAGCCGACUCAGUCAGACCUGGGAGAAACUACCCAGCAAGUUCAAGAAGUUCUACGCUGAAUUUGAGAGUUUACUGGAUCCUUCUAGGAACCACCGGUCAUACCGCCUUACUGUGGCUAAAAUGGAGCCGCCAAUCAUCCCCUUUACACCCCUCCUCCUCAAAGAUAUGACCUUUACACACGAGGGCAACAAGACAUUCAUUGACAAUAUGGUGAACUUCGAGAAGAUGAGGCUCAUUGCAAAUACCAUUAGAACUGUGCGACACUGCAGAAGUCAACCAUUCAAUCCUGAGGCUUCGCCAGCCAGUAAAAACCCGCAGGAAGUGCGGAAUUACGUGCGGCAGAUCACCGUGAUUGACAACCAGAGGACCCUAUCACAGCUCUCGCUUAGGCUGGAGCCCCGCAAGGCCUAAAACACACACACACGCGCACACACACACACACACACACACACACACACACACACACACACACACACACACACACACACACAUACAUACAUUAUGAGGGUUCAAAAUACAGUAUGCAAAUCCACAUACCUGCGCAGUAUUGAUCUUGAAGUAUUGAACAACUACUGUUACACCUAUAACUAUUUACUGCCAAAGUGUGUGUGUGUGUGCGUGCGUGUGUGUGUGGGUGAAAUAAGAAGAGAGAAAAUUACGGUAAUAGAGAGAUAGCAUGUAUGUGCCUGAGUCUCUCUCUUUCCUGUGUGUGUGUGUGUGUGUGUGUGUGUGUGUGUGUGUGUAUGUGUUCCACUGCCAGUACUCUCUUUAAACUUGAAAAGUUACCCUCCUUCUUGCUGGUGUGUGUAGCUGAUUCCUAGAGCUGAUAUUCAGUUUGAACACAGUGUAUGUGUAUGGAAAUGUGUGUGUGUGUGUGUGUGUGUGUGUGCGCACGCGUGCACAUGUGCGUGUGUGUGUUCUUGGAUCAGUACAAUUUGCAACUUGCUCAGUGCCGUCCUCAUAGUGCAACAAGUUUCCGUUGAAGAACAUAUAUACAGAAAACAUAAGAUGUCAUAUGCACACACACACACACACACCUCACACAGAGACACCCCUCAUACACAAUGCUCACACACACUUCUCAGUCCUUUGUCCUCGGGGUUGGUUGUUUAGUUCUGUGCUUGUUUGCCUGUUGACAUAAAUAAGGGUAGCAGAUAUGCUCCAACCACGCCCCAGCUCCCUUGUGAGCCAAUGGCAGUGGGUCACCAGAAGGAAACCCCGCCCCAAUUCCCUUGUGAGCCAAUGGCAGUGGGUCCCAAGAGACAAACCCCGCCCCAGUGUUCCUGUGAGCCAAUGGGUGAGCAGUGGGUCCCUUUGCGCUGCAACCUGUGAAGGACAGUGACCAGGCUGCCGUGUUGAUGACGAUGAUGACGAUGACGAUGAUGUGGUGAUUGCGGAACGUUUCUCUCCUCUGUGGUCCGUUCUGUUGGGAGUUCUGUGCUAGUGUCUUAAUUUCUCAGCCUUAUCCUGUAGCACUACUAUACUGUUUACUGGACUUUAUCUUCUUUGUAUAUCGGGUUUGGUUAUGUUUGUAUAUGGGGUUAACAAUGAGAUAUUAUUAAGUUAUUAUGUUUGACCCUGAAGUCAGGGUUUUUAUUAUUAUUAUUAUUAUUAUUAUUGUUUCCUCUGUUAGUCUGCUUUGCAGAAGCGUCUGUGAAAUGCUCAACUGACUGCUAUGAAAAUCUGCCCUCCAUGUGUACAUAAAGACCUUCAGAUUAAAUGUACUCUACGUAUUUCUCGA